GGAGUGAGUAUGUGACACUGGUACAAACAAAAAACACACACAAGCUCCAAUUGACACACUUCCAAUUCAAAAGGCAGCCGCGGCGGGGAGUCCGAUGGUUAACUUGUUCCUGAAAGCGGAACACUUCACCCGGGCUGCUCGGAUGCAGCAACUCUGCCUUUCUUGAGCCAGAAGGAGGGAGCCCACCUGGAGGUGGUAUCGCACUAGGUCUUUACUCCGGACGCUCGAUCGUAAAGUUUUCCGCGGCAGGCCAGCGACGAGAAGUCCCCUUCCUUUACAUGCAGUGGCGAAACUUCGCAACUGGGGAGCAGCAAAAUAGGGAAGAGGGCGAGGAGUAAGAGCAGUGGGAGAGUUGACUGCAAGCAGUAAGCCACAUGAGACAAGGAAAAGCUCUUUUGAUCCUUAAAUAAAGUAAUUUUAAGCUGAGUUGCCGUAUGCACAAGAACUGCUAUUUUCAGACAAGGUAAACAAAAAAAUCUUAUUUUUAAUUUGAUUUUUUUAAACAAAAAAUUGCAUGCAGUAGGAAGGAAAAUUGGAAAGGAGUUUAAUCAGGAAGAUCCUUUCCAGGACCUGAGACUGGUUGUAACACCCUGGACACCCGGUGUCUGGAGUCCCUUUUCUGUAACUUGCCGGCCGGUGUGCUCCUGUUGUUAUUUUCUCUCUCUCUCUCUCCCCCUCUCUCUCUCUCUCCUAAAUAUAUGAACUUGCAAUGGCCUCCGACCUCGGCAUGAGCACCGACCUGCCCACCAGCCCCUUGGCGAUUGAGUACGUCAAUGACUUCGAUCUGAUGAAGUUCGAGGUGAAGAAGGAGCCCCCCGAAGCCGAGCGUUACUGCAACCGGCUGCCGGGCUCGCUGUCCUCCACGCCGAUCAGCACGCCGUGCAGCUCGGUGCCUUCCUCGCCUAGCCUGUGCGCCCCUAGCCCGGGGGGUGCCAGCAAAGCUCACCAGCUGGAGGACCUGUACUGGAUCAGCAGCUACCAGCACCACCUCAACCCCGAGGCCCUGAACCUCACCCCCGAGGACGCGGUGGAAGCGCUGAUCGGCAGCUCGCAGGCUCACCACCACUUCGAGGGCUACCGGGCGCAGCAGUACCCCGGCGAGGAGGUGCCCGUCAGCGGCCACCACCCGCACCCUGCCCCACCGCACCAUCACCACCACCAUUUGCGCCUGGAGGAUCGCUUCUCCGACGACCAGCUGGUGAGCAUGUCGGUGCGGGAGCUCAACAGGCAGCUGCGGGGCUUCAGCAAGGAGGAGGUGAUCCGCCUGAAGCAGAAAAGGAGGACCCUGAAGAACCGGGGCUACGCUCAGUCCUGCCGCUACAAGAGGGUCCAGCAGCGGCACAUGCUGGAGAGCGAAAAGUCCCUGCUCCAGCAGCAGGUCGACCAGCUCAAGCAAGAGGUGGCCAGGCUGACCAAGGAGAGGGACGUCUAUAAGGAGAAGUAUGAGAAGAUGACCAGCAGGAGCUAUAGGGAGCCAACUACAAUGCCCCCCAACCCAGGCAAAAACACUCCCUCUUCCAACGAGUUCUUCAUGUGAAUGGGGAGGGGGAUGCACUGGAUCAGGCGGUGAAAACAAAAACAACACUUUCUUUUUGAUGUGACUUCAACAAAACCUUUCCUGGAAAAGGAAACGAAAAGACUGUUGUAAAUAACUUUUGAAAACAAAGACACAUAAGUGGGACAUAUUGUACAGAUGCUUCCAGUUUAGUUUGGCUGAUAUGUGGAAACGUUACCGUCUCAUUUCGGAAGGGGACAGUAUUGGAAAAUGGAAGUUUUAAAAAAAAAACAAAGAACACUUUACUGGUGAAAAAUAUAUUUAAGAGAAAGAAAAGCGAAAGAAAGCUUACAAACUCAGUAAGGAGAAAGAGGAGAGUGAAUGAACCAAAAGGAGGAAUAUGUACAAAAAGGACUAAGAACUUUCACAGGGGCAAAAACAGACUCUGAAUCUCGAGAGAAACGUUACGAAAAAAAUUGUGCGUUUCAAGCAAAAGUGGACUUUUAAAAUCCAAUCCAAUCCUGCAUGCUGGACAUGUACGGCGUUUAAAGUACUUUCUCCUUUUUUUUGUACCCAAUCCUGUUGGGAGGGAGAGAAAAAAAAGCAUGACUUCUUGUUUUAAUUUUAAUUUCACUUCAUUUCUGAGCAUCAUUAGAGAUCAACACCAGGAUUAAACAGUCAUGUCGCAGACUAAUGUUUGAAAAUGCUGUAAAUGUCCUGUAACAGAGUAGGGAAAUCACAGGGAGAUAUGACUUUGCAAGUGAUCUCACCCUUUGGGAUGAGUUGGGCUGGGUGCGGCUGCUGUAGGAUUUUGCAUUUUUCCUUUCAAAAAGAAAUACUGUACAAAGCCAGGGUUAGAAGAAAAAAAUUAAGUAACUUGAAUAUUUAACUGCAUUAGACUUGUACAUAGAAUGAUUUAAGUAUCUGCCCUUUUCAUUUUUGAGCUAUAUUUUGCUUGAUCGAAUCUUAAAGAACUUUAUAAGUAAGAGCAUGCAGAUAAUGUAAAGAAAUGAAAAUGAAAGUCAUUUAAAAUGUAGAUAAAAAGCCUACUGCACUAUCGGAAGCCGAAUUUGUUUUUAUAAAUAAGGCUUGUUUUUAUUUAAAAGAAACUUUGUUUUUAACUUAUUAUUGUUGAGAUGAUUGCUGUUUUUAGUCUUGGGUUGGAGAUGAGUUGGGGGGUUUGGGAUGGAGGGAGGGGGGUGUUUAGAAGGAUAUAGCUCAGGUUUUAAAAAUCAGUGUGUUUUGUUUUAAAUCGGAUAGGAAUUACAUUUUUCCCAUUAUUGCGGGACAGAAGUCUUUGUAGGAAAUUGCUCAUUGUUGUGUUGGGGUGGGUGCAGAAUCUUUACUGAAAGGGAUGAGGGAGGCAUUGGAUUAAUGUUGUCAGAUGCCAGAUAUUGGUAAACACAUCUUGGGCUUUUCUAAAAAGAUGAUCAAUGACAGUGAAAUUUGGAUAUUGCCAGCGAUUAGAUGAUGUUACUUAACUCUGACCUACUGUAGGAAUUUCUGGAAAAUUUCAUGAAUUGAAAAAAGUUUGGGAAUUUAUACUAAUUUUAAACAUAAGCUCAGCUUCAAAAUUCCACUCCAUUUAUCUUACACAUGAUUGAAAGAUCAGAGUGUUUUAUAAUUGAAACAAAGUGACUAUAAAUGAAUCACGAUUGGGUUUUGAAAAAGAAGACAUCGAAUAUUAUUUUGUUUCCUUGCCCCAGCCACCAACAAGCUCUUUUGUCUUUACUGUUUCAGUGGGAUGGGUUUGGGGAACAGAGACAAAUGAUUCAGUUGUGAAUGAGAAGAUUCUAGAAUGGGUAUUGUUAAUAGGAGGGGAGAAAAAGAAGAAUGAUGGGAACUGAUGCAAACAGGUUAUUGAAAAUAAUUCUAAAAAAAGUUAAAUCCAAUGUGGCAGGUGCCAUACUGUACAGUGCAGUGUCAUCUCUAUUUAUUUAUAUAAGUAAUAUGGACUCUUUUAUGUAAAUUUAGUCAACUAAAUAUUUGGUUGUAAAUAUUUUAUUUCUCCCUGGCAAAGAGGGUGAGGCACCAGUUUUGCUGCAUGCUCACUCUAUUUUUGAAGAACACCAAAAAAAUUGGUUUGGCGGCUUAAUUCUAUUGCUACGUUUGUGAAAGGAGAAUAUUUAGCACAGCAGGUGCCAGAUUUGUAAAACCUGCAACAGAGAAUUGUUUUUAUUCCCCCCCGCCCCGAACCCCAUUUGCUGGCGCUUGCA